AUGGCUCCUAUUUCGCCGUCUCCGUCUCAAGCGGGGCCCUCAUCAUCCCCAUGUGAUGUUGGAAACUCAAGGCCUGUGGCAUGUGCCAAUUGCCGACAAAGACGAUCGUAUUGCUCGAAAGAGAAGCCUACCUGUUCGCGUUGUCGUGAUAGUGGCCUGAGCUGUGCGUACGAGACGAGUAUUAAGAUCACCGUCACAGAGGCCUACCUACGAGAACUCGAAGCUAAAGCCAAAGCGUAUGAUGAAUCGCUUCUUUGGCAGUCUCAGCUGCCAGCUCCGAUCCCCGGAAAAGCUCCUGCCCACCGCAUCUCAGCCGAGGAUCACGAGGAAGAGUUCGAAGACGAACACCCAUUACUUGAGCCGUUCAACCAGAUGAGCGUCCAUAAGCCCUCGACGAGUUUCAAAGGCCCUGGUAAUUCGGACAAUUUCUUACGAAGUGUGAGAAAUCUCUCAGGAUUCUACGGUGAUGACGGCAGCUUGGACGCCAACACCAACUUUUACGAACCCAGUGCUCUACCUUCCAGGCGUGAGAAAGCGAGGACGCAAGUUCGCCUACCGCCGAUAGACAUUGCCCGACGCCUAUUCGCUGCACAGUACACCUACAUUGGGACGAUAUUCGCCUUUACAGAUCCCAAGCCCACCUUCGAUCAACUGCUCAUCGAGGCGUACCGAGGCCCUCCUGAUCCCUCCGAUAGAGAAGCAUGUCUGUCAUACGCAAAGGUUCUUAUCAUACUCGCAUUCGGUCAACUGUACUCAGUCAACCAAUGGGUCGAUUUCAGGGGUCCGCCGGGGUUUGACUACUUCACCCAUGCUCUGAAUUUAUUACCCGAUACGCAUGAAGAAGGUUCGUUAUUGUGCGUGGAAACAUUGGCUCUCAUCGGCUAUUUCAUGCAGAACAUGAACCGUCGUGAUGCUGCGUUCCUGUACACAGGCAUGGCUCUCCGCAUGGCCAUCUCACUGGGACUACAUCACGAGAUCGGUUUCAGUCCAGCACCAAGCGCAUUGCAAGGCCAGGAUAACAACCCGGCCGCCCUGGAUAAUGCAACACGCGAACAUCGUCGCCGAGUGUGGUGGUCUGUGUACAGCCUAGACCGUAUCCUGUCGGUCAAAUCGGGAAAUCCCAUCACCAUCCAAGACGAGGAUAUCGGCGUCGAUCUACCUUCGAGGCUCCUCACAGAAGCAGAAUAUUGCCCGGCAGUAGUGCUUCGGCAUUAUACCGAACUCUCGCGGAUCCUUGGUGAAAUCCACGACACCAUCUAUCGCAAGACCAGCAAGACGGCGCCCAAAUCUGGAAAACGAUUAAUGGCGUCAGUCCAGGGCAUCGUUCUCAGUCUGUCCAAAUGGAACAGCAACUUGCCGGAUGAACUCCGAUUCGAUCCUGCCCGGCUGAGUAUUAGUCGCGAGAGCGUUAGCACUUUUGCACAUUACUAUCAGUGCAUCAACAUGACCGCGCGGCCUUUACUCUUCCACGUUGUACAGAAGCGACUGCAAAAGAUUCGCGCCAGUAGCGAUGCCGGAGAGAAAGAGCGAGGCUGGAGGGAGGGAUUCUCGCAGACGACUGUCAGGGUGAUUGACAUGUGCAUCGGUGCGGCGCAGGACACCAUCAAUAUCAUGACUGUGGCAGCACAGAGAGAUCUGGUUGCAACGUACGGGUACAUGGACGGAGAACACGUCUUCUCAGCUUCCAUCGUCCUCGUCAUGGUCUGCGUCGCCUUCCCGUCAGAUCCAUCCAGCAUCAUGGCGAUGAACGCCGGUCUCGAUCUCCUCCGAGGCAUGGGCGAGCGCGGCAACAGCUACAUGGGCGCCCGCUACGAGCUCCUCGCCAACCUUCGCUCGGCCGUCAUGUCCGGGACGAAUGCCUACGCCGAGCCCCUGCCUCCGUUCCCGACAAGCUUCUCGCCGACGGAAUCGCUGGUGCCGGCGGGAGGGGGAGGGCUCGUUCCAAGUGCGCACCCGACCAGUAGCAGUAGUGCACUGCCCAUAGCUAUGGGCGAUGCUCAAGGAGGAGGCCUGAUGGCGAUGCAAGGCCUGACGGGUCAGCAGCGGGUGACGUUCCCCGUUGUCGACAACAGCUCUUUAGGUGAACCAUUUUUCGACGAGAGCGUGAGCACGGUAAUGGACUUUGGUCUCUGGGAAGAAGGCUUUGCCGACCCGGCGAUGGACGCGAGCUUUGACUUCUCGCAAUGGACUCAUGCGGCUGGCAUGACUCAGGCUGAUGAUAGGAUGGAUGUGUGA